AUGGAAGAAUCCAAGCCAGUCGCACUCGUCAUCGGUGCUUCCCGAGGCAUUGGAAGGCAGAUUGCAAUCGACCUGGCAAAAGAGGGAUAUGCCGUUGUUAUUGCGGCCAAAACCACAUCAGAUGCCGCCAAAACAGUUCCAUUUCCACCAGAUCCAAACUCACAGCAGUCGACUAUCAACACGGUAGCUCGAGAAAUAAAUGAGUCUGGAGGUGAAGCCUUUGCGCUCCCAGUCGAUACCCGGGAUGUUGAGGCUGUUAAGAAUCUUGUCCAACGGACUGCUGAGGAAUUGUAUGGCAGGCUAGACGUCCUUGUCUAUAACUCCGGUGCGAUAUGGUGGUCAUCCAUUGAAAACACACCAGUUAAACGAUUCAUGUUGAUGCAACAAGUCAAUCCGGAGGGACUUUAUGCUAGCAUUCAUGCAUCUCUUCCUUAUUUUGAAAAGAAUGGAUGGAAGGGAAGGAUUAUAGUUGUCUCUCCCCCGAUAUAUUCUCGGUUCUUCAGGGGAAAGACGGCAUAUGCCAUGGGUAAGGUUGGAAUGAGCGUUCUGACAAAGGGACUGGCGAUGGAUUUUAUUCGGCAAAAGAGACAUGAAAUGGCAAUCACAAGCAUCUGGCCGGCUGUUGCGAUCGAAUCCGCAGCAACUCAACGGGACACAAAGCUCGAUCCAUCGGCUCUGAAAAAUCUCCGCAAACCAACGAUCUUCUCUGAUGCCAUUCUUGCCAUGUUGAAAUCUCCAACCUUUGUUGUCAAUGGCCUUUUGGCAUUAGACGAAGACUUCUUACGCGAACACUGCGGUCUCACUGAUUUUUCGUCUUAUUCUGUCGUUCCUGGUUCUCAAUCACGACGAAUCAUGCCACAAAAUCUUCCGGUUCUUGAGGUCGAGGAGCAGGAUGACGAAGGUCAACGAAGGGAUUCCACACUUUUGCGGCGCAAGGAGAAGGCGGAUUCGAAGAUUUAA